UAAGUCGCAUGCUAAAAACAUCCGGGAUGUACAGGAACAAAAAACGUGCAGUUUUGUAUCUGCACUGAAUCGAUUCCGAAAACCAUGCGCUCAUUACACUGGCUGGUUUUUAGGCUACCGCGUUGUGUGUAGCUUACAGCAAUGUUGAUAGUACAACAGGCUAGUUUGCUGGCUGAUAUUACCUUACAAAUAGAAGGUCAUGUCUCGCGCCCUGUCCUUAACGUUGGCGUUUAGAUCCAGGAGUUUGAAUUCGGUGUCUGUUUGUGAGAUUAAAAGCAAAUUAAUCGUUUCUACGCGGUUCGUGUGCACCAGGUACGCAAAGACUUGCUUGCCAGGUCCUGGUCGCAGUCUUGUUUCCAGGGCUUGUCGGGAUGACAGGUUGGGUGUCUGGUGGAAAUCGGCAGCGGCGAACGCGUUGACCAAAAGCAGUGGUUUCUCAGGAGGGCUGCACACGGAUUCUACACAAAUGAAUGCGAUUAGUCGGAUCAAGAGAGUUUCUGUCGAGGGCAACAUUGCUGUCGGAAAAUCGACUUUCGCGCGGCUCUUGCAGUCUGAAAACGAGGACUGGGAAGUUGUGCAAGAGCCCGUCAGCAAGUGGCAAAAUGUGGAAGGCGCAUCUUCGCAGCAGACAGUGAAUAACCUGCUGCAGAUGAUGUACCAGGACCCCCAGCGCUGGUCCUACACCUUCCAGACCUUCUCCUGCAUGAGCCGCAUGCGGACCCAGCUGCAGCCCCCCGCUCCGCGCCUGCUCCGCCCCCAGGGCACACCUGUACAGGUGUUCGAGCGCUCUGUCUACAGCGACAGGUACGUCUUCGCUCUGAACAUGUUUGAGCUGGGCUGUAUCAGCCCCACGGAGUGGGCUGUGUACCAGGGCUGGCACUCCUUCCUCCUGGAGCAGUUCGGCCCAAGGCUGCAGCUGGAGGGGAUCAUCUACCUGAGGGCCUCGCCUGAGAGGUGCAUGGAUCGCUUGAGGAAACGUGGGCGGGACGAAGAGAAAGGGGUGGAGCUUGCCUACCUGGAGAAACUGCACACUCAGCACGAGAACUGGCUGGUGCAUAGGAGCACAGAGCUGCACUUUGAGCACCUGAAGCAGUUACCCGUGCUGGUGCUGGAUGCCAGUGUUGAGUUUGAGCAGGACGUGGGGGUGCAGGAAGCACUCAUCACCCAGGUCAAAGCUUUCUUUGAUGGGUUGUGAAAUGGCCUUCCUGAUCUCCCCAAGUCAAGAAGUUGCCCUGCAUUGGGACUUGUCAACUCAUCAGCAAACAGAAGAGAUUAGCAGAAGCACACACACUCAAGGUCACACACUCACCCUCAGACACACUUGAACUUUACCUGAGCUGCACACUGGCAGAUGUUUACAUGCUUAUAAAACGAGAACUAAUGAAAUGAAUGAGGUACUGUACCCUUGUACAGUUUCCGGCAGAAAGCAUCUAAGAUAAUUUAUAAGCUAAACUACUCUACGUGAGCUGCUGACUGUUCACAAACUCAGUAACCUCCAGCUUCUGCUUGACCAAUAGGAGAUUUUGUAAGGCAACACUGCUCUACAGGACCUGGAUUUAUAUAUAUACCUCAAAAUGGCGUCUUGGAAGUUACAGAACGUUACAGUGUUAAAUGAGGCUACCCUAAAACCAUGUGUGACAUUAAUGGUCAGGGACUUAAAUAUCGCUGUUUUUUCCUUAUAAUCAAAUAAUAUAUUUCCUGGAUAUGUGAACUGUUUUCUGUUUUACUUUUAAAUCUGUUGUUUUUUUGAUAAAUGGAUCAACGUGCUCAUAAUGUUUUAUAAGGUUAAUUUUUGCGAGUAAGUUUCUGAUUUUAUAUUUAUUUACAAAGUGCGUAGUCUCUCCAGCCAAGAAAUGCGGGCAAACGGAUAUUUACUACAGAUUGUACAGCACUUUUCCACAGUUAAGAUGCCAUUAUCGGGAAUUUGUGCUUUUAAAACAUUUGAUAUUUUUGACAAGUAAUUGGAUGUCUAUUUUGUAAUUUAUGAAGCAUAACUGUUGGGAAAAUGUGCACUGUUAAACGGCCUUUAAUUUGACGCACCAUACGCGCUCAAACUCUACUCUGUGAUGGUUAAAACAAUUAAAACUCCAAAUGCGUAAUUGUUCGGAGACUUUCAUUCUUUAAUGACUAGGGAAUGCAGUCUAAAACUGCGCCUGAAUACUUAUAUGAUGCUCUUCUUAAAAAAUAAAAGUCGUAUAUUUUAUAGAUCAUAUGGCCAAUACCUCAUAUGACGAAUACAGAAUCGUGAUUAUGGGGAGGAAAUUCAGGACUUCCAGAGACGAAUCUUGUGUUCAUUUUUACUAUUCACUCAAAGGUGUAAACACCUUUACGUUUAUUUCUUUAUUUUUAUUACUUUAUUACGGUUCAGUUGGGUUAUAGAUGGCACGGCACAACAUACGCGACGUGGUGCUUAGUAACUUGCUUUGCAUUGUACAUCCAUAUAGACUCUCUUGGUUAGGCUUACCCUAGCAUAACCAAAAUCAGUAACCAAAAUGAGUUAAUUUACAAGUACAUUUUGACGAUUGCGGCAGCCAAACUCGGGAUGUUGGCUGAGGUUUUGGACAGGACGAAACUUCAAGGAAUGGUCUACUCUAUAUCAAAGUGCUAAGAUGAAAAGUUAAAAUAGUCUAUAUAAUUAAAUAUGAAAUGAUGAAUUGUUUUAAUGAAUGUCGUUUGAAGAUUUAUUUAGUUUCGUUCACUUAAAAGCUUUAUUGCCAUAUCAAAAUCUGUGUGAUGUCUUGUGUCUGGUCUUUGAUAUCUUCCCACUUAUUUCGAGAUCAAACAUUUCACCUAUUGUUUUACAAAUAUCUUACAUGUUCGCGCUAUUGUUUCUGACGAUGCUGCGUUUAACAUGAUGACCAGAUCAAUCGACAUUCGUCUUGUGAGCAAAUUACUUAUUAUAUUCUUUGUUAUCAUGGUGUCAUUGCCGUUUAAUAUUAAGAAACUGUAUAAGUAUCUUGUGUGAUUGUGCUGGUUUUUGACUUAUUGAGUCCAUGACGCGAAUUUCUUUACAUACAAAAAUAUUUUUUAAAUGUGGAAUUCUUAAUUUGCGAGAAAAUAACGAGUUGUGGUCCAUGCAGUAAAUACUAAUGCACUAUGCCUUUACAUAAUAAAAAUGCAGCCCUCGAUGUUUU